UGCAGCGCUGAUGUCCAGAUCAGCAGCCGGACAUUGAGCGUCGAGCUCUGAAGCAACUGGUGCUUUAAGACGCGUUUAAAGCAAGACAAACACCGCGCUGACGAGGUUCGCAGAGGAUUACCGCGUGUUUACGCGUGUUUCACAGCAAUAAAGAAAGCUAUGAAGCACAUGCUGAAGUUCUGAAGCGGAGGAAGUUGGCAUGUUGGAUUGUGUGUGCAUGCUACUGUCUUCAUUUUCACCCCGGCUGCAUGCUUUUCUGAGCUGACAACUGUGUAUCCAACUCCAUCAUGAGAAAAAACUGUGAUGUCAAUAACCCUCCGGUUCUCUCCUCCAAGAAGGGUCUGAAACGCGGCUCUGGUCCUGAUCUGCUUCGGGACGUGGAGCGUCUGCGUGCGAAGCUGGAGGUGGAGCGCAGCAGGACUCAGCAGGCCCACCGCCGCUUCUCCCUGGAGCUCCAGCGGCAGCGUGAGGAGGCGCGCGAGGAGCGAGAGCGAGCGCUGAGAGAAAUCACCUUCCGGCUGGAGCAGCAGAAAACACUGGAGCUCCUGCGGCAGAGAGACGCUCUGGGACGAGAGCGAGCUGCGGAGGUGCGUCGUCUGCUGCGCUGGCGGAGUCAAUCCACGCUCAGACCAACCAGAGACGUCCAUCGCCAACUGGCGGAUGAGCUGGCUGGAGUCUGCAGAUCCGCAGCUCUCAGACCCAGCUGUAAAGGGAACGGAGCUGCAUAUCGUAGACUGGAGGAGCUGCUGAAAACACUGCUGGAACAGGCGGAUGGACAGCAGGUCGCUUUGCUUCAUCGGCUUCAGCAGGAAGUGGAUCUAGAGAAGAGCUACUUCCUGUGCCAUCUGCUGGAAGCACACAGUCGGCCAGCACUGCAGAGGAAAGAGGAACGCAAAGACAAAGAGUUUGUUGUGGAACAAUCCAGGCGAAGGUCAAAGAGUUGUAUACAGGUGACGGGAGGAGUCAGAGAAGGAAAUCUUGCUUUAUUUCGUUCUAAUUCGCUAUCACAGACAUACAAAAGCGAAUCUCCUCAACCUAUGAAGAAGAAGAAGAAGCAGCAGGAUUCUGAAACUCCAGCAGAAGAAGAGGCGUCUGGAGGAGAUGUGGAGAGCUUACCUGAGCCUGCUUCGUCUGAUGAGGAAUCGCAGAAGUGCUCCACAUCCCCAUGUUCACAGGACAAUAUGGACGAGCAGAACGGCCGGGAUUAUGGCUAUCUGGUGCGGCAGAACUCGGAGCUGCUGCGAGCGCUGGAGGAGAUGGAGAAAUCCUGCGCCGCUCUGAGAGAAGAGAACCGCGUACUGAGAAAGAGCAGUUCUCCAGAGACGGAGGAGAAGGUGAAGAGGCUGAGGAAGAAAAACGCUGAACUCGCCAUCAUCGCCAAACGACUGGAGGACAGAGCGCGGAAACUCCAGGAGGCGAACCUCAAAGUGGCCAGCAGUCCGAUGGCGGUGCGAGCGGGGCAGUGGAGCAGUAUAAGCGGGCGUUUGCUCGUCAGAGAGCCAGAGAUCUGGCACAGCACGCAGACACACUCCUGAGAAAAGAUAAGCAGAUCUC